ACCAAGAAGAUUAAAUUGCAGUCUUUCGUGUUAGGGAGCCUCGAAAGUAUUGACGGGUCAAAACCCUAACCCUAAUUUUUUUUCUCUUAAUUCGUGGCCUUUUCUUUUGUAAUUAAUCUCCUUAUCCAUGGCGCUUCAUGGGUCGAGCUUCUGCUACAAUGGAAAUGUUUCCUCUAUCAGAGAAGUUUAUAGCUUGCCGUGUCCGUUUGUCAAUAGUUUUGCAACACUUAGUCAUCUUUCGGCACCUUCCCUGAAGCAUUACAAUCUAGUUUUAGCUAAACCCUUUGGAAGAGGACGUAGGAUCAAGUUCUCACCCGAUCAUUGUCGCCCCAGUUUGCAAACUGGAAGAUCCAAAUUCUUUCAACAAGCUUCUGGUUUGCCCUCAUCAAGACCAUGUCAAGUAAAAAGUGCGGACUCACAGGAUCCCUUAAGUGGUGAAAGCUUCAUAAUGGAUGAGCAGACAUUAGAGCAGGACCUACAGAUUGCCAUUGCUGAGGAAAACUAUGUUGAAGCAGCAAAAAUCAGGGAUAGCCUUAAAAAUCUCCAUGAGGAUAGCAAGACUUCUGUAUUGCUAGCAAAUGCCCGAUUUUACGACUCGUUCAGGACUGGGGAUUUAGCUGCUUUGCAAACCCUUUGGGCCAAGGGUGAUGAGGUCUGUGUUGUGCACCCAGGUGCUUGUGGGAUAUCUGGUUAUGACGACGUUAUGGAAAGCUGGGAGUUUGUAUGGGCAGACUAUGAAUUCCCAUUAGAGAUUCAGCUGAAAGAUGUUAGGGUUCAUGUCAAAGGGAAUGUAGGGUAUGUUACGUGUAGGGAAUUCGUUAAGACAGAAGGUAGCAAAUGGGGGAUACAGUUUGCAACAAAUGUAUUUGAGAGGAUUGAUGGUCACUGGUUUAUCUCUAUUCAUCAUGCUUCACCUGUAGAUUUGUGAAACAUCUCAAUUUAUAGUUCAUGAUACAUUAGAAUGAUUUCUGUCUUCCGCAGCCUUGGCAUUGGCUUCAAUGAGUUUAUGAUGCCUUUCACCUGCUGAAAGAGAACGCCUCCUCUAGUGGCCAAAGGUUGCACUCUGAUAUUAGGUUCCCUGCAGAGAUCGUUUUUGUAUUCCAGCAAUUUCCUCCAAUGGCUGUGUAAUGGACAUUUCCAGUGUAUUUUUCUCCAGAAAAUUGAGCAAAAAUUUACUGUCAAUAAAUCAUGGCUUCGUUGGUUAAAA